GAAGCAUCAAUGAAGUUUUAUGUGAGAGGUCGGCCUCUGAUAUUUUAUGCCCCAUCUCUACUUGGGAAUGACUUUUUGACGAGGAUCCAGGCACAGCCACCUAGAGAUAAACUCAUCCUCGAAUGGGUCUACGGCUACAGAGGCAAGGAUGCCAGAUCCAACAUCUUCAUGCUCCCGACCGGCGAGAUAGUGUACUUCAUAGCUGCUGUGGCUGUCCUCUACAAUGUGGAUGAACAAACACAGAGGCAUUACGUUGGGCACACUGAUGAUAUUAAAUGUAUAGCUAUCCAUCCAGACAAGGUAACGAUAGCAACGGGCCAAGUUGCGGGUCACGACAAGUCAGAGGGCAAGCCUCAUGUUAGAAUAUGGAACUCCAUAACGCUGGCCACACUGAAGAUUAUUGGUCUUGGAGAUUUCGAGAGGGCAGUUUCCUGUGUUACUUUCUCCAAAGUGGAUGGCGGUAACCACUUGGCGGUUGUGGACGACGCCAACGACCACGUUCUUUCCGUCUGGGAUUGGCAGAAAUCAGAAAAGGGAACCAAGAUACUGGAGGCAAAGAACUCUGGUGAUCCAGUUUUCUUUGCAGAGUACAACCCUGUCGAUGCAAACUCCAUUGUAACUUGCGGGAAGGGGCAGAUUACAUUCUGGUCCAUAGAGGGAACAUCCGUUGUCAAGAAAACUGGCAUAUUCGAGAAGUUGGAGAAACCAAAAUAUGUGACGUGUUUGGCAUUCACAGAGAAUGGUAAAGUUGUGUCAGGUGAUUCUGCUGGCAACUUGAUCAUCUGGUCUAAAGGUUCGAACAAAGUUCAUCAGGCGCUGACGGGUGCACACGAGGGUGGUGUGUUCUGCAUCUGCAUACUGAAGGAUGGCUGCCUGCUCAGUGGAGGAAAGGAUAAGAAGAUUGUCAAGUGGGUAUCAACUGACGCUGGCUACGAGAGAAGUAAAUUGCCGGAAGCAUAUGGACCAGUUCGUCAAAUUAGUGAGGGAGCUGGUAACGUUCUUCUUGUUGGCACCACUAAGAACUGCAUCCUUCAAGGAUCAUUUGAUCUCAAGUUCAAUCCAGUUGUUCAAGGUCACGUUGAAGAGUUAUGGGGCUUGGCAACCCUGCCUUCUCAGAACCAAUUCCUGACAUGUGGCUACGACAGGAUGCUCUAUCUCUGGGACUCACCCACGCAUCGAGUUGUUUGGAGCAAGGAGAUGCCUGAGAGUUGCCACGCCAUCGCCAUUCACUCCGAAGGUCAGAUUGCAAUCGUAACUGGGACCUCCCCGCGCUGGUACGUGUUCGAUGUUGCCAGCAGAGAGGUUGUUGGCAGCAACUCUGAUGCUACUGAGCGCAUUGAAUGCGUUCAGUUCUCACCUGAAAGUAGUAUGUUGGCUUGUGGCUCGAGAGAUAACUUUAUAUACGUCUAUUCAGUUGCCGACGAUGGAAAGAAAUAUUCAAAAGUGGCUAAAUUAUCGGGACAUUCCAGCUUUAUUCUGCAUGUCGAUUGGUCAAUUGAUAGCCAAUACUUGCAAAGUAACUCCGGAGAUUACGAACUACUCUUCUGGAACAUGGCAACAUUCAAACAAAUAACAACCGCAUCGACCUUGCGAGAUGUUGUUUGGGCCACAACUAACUGCACUCUCUGCUUCUCUAGCUGUGGUAUCUGGCCGGAAGGUGUCGAUGGAACGGAUAUAAAUGCUUGCACGAGAUCACAUGACAACUACGACAUUGUCAGUGCUGACGACUUUGGAAAGGUGGCAAUUUAUGCCUACCCUGCUUUCCAUCCAAAGAGUCCAGGCUUCUCCUAUUCAGGUCACAGCAGUCACGUAACCAACGUAAAAUUCCUUCACGACGACACGAGGUUGAUAUCUACCGGAGGGAAAGAUACAUCGAUCAUGCAGUGGCAAGUCGUUAAUUCAUCAAACUGUUUGUAGGUAUGGGGCAGAACAUUAGAUUCUGGUGAAGAUACUUAGAGCACCUUUGUUAAGAUAGUUGCGUUUGCAAUAUGUACGAUCACUCUAUAUCAAAUUAAUUGUAUGAUAUUUAAAUAUAUGUUCCGAGUAGAUAUUGUUCUUUGAUUGAAUGAAAUUUAAUGAUGACUGUCGGUUUCAUUUGGAGAGUAAGGAAUGUGCAGAGAAAGUUGUAAUGCUUUAAUAUUAAUUAAUUAAUCUGAUUACUUUACAUGAACUAUAUAUUUCUUAUUGAUGUAUGUUAUUUCUAUCAUGUUGUGAUGUUAGAUGUUUAACCUAUACUACUUAAAUUUAUUGAGUAAAAUGCUUUUUUCUAGUCUCCCUUGCUCAUUUUUACAUCAAUUUUUCAAUUCAUUGGUAAAUUUUAAAGUUUCUUAAAGUUGAAAGAUCUAUGCUGAAAAGUAGGUCGUAUUGGAUUUCAUUCCUAUAGAAUGUAUGUAAUCUUAAAGUUUUUGUAACUUGUAAAGCUUUUCACUGGAACAGUGUAAUACAAACAAAAGAUUUGAAUAUCUAAAUUUUUCUGUUAUCAACUAAUAGAUAUAUUGAAUUCUAAGUAAUUUAACAUUUCAAUGAUGUGUUCAGUAUGCUUUUGUGUUGCUUUGUUUGUGAAGCCCAGUGAAAACUACUGAUGCACUUAGUUUUUUAAAUCACUAUUAAUGCAUUUAACGUUUGAUUUUGUAUUUUUGCCAUACAACUUUUUUUUGUACAAUUUUAUUCAUUAUUUACGUUGUUCAUGUUGUGGUUUUGGAUUUCACUAAUAAAAACAAUUG